AUGGGUAUUAUGGAGAAGAUAUCUAAGGUAAUGGAGCUCAAUGAAGAAAAGAAGACCAGGGUCCAAGCUUUGAUGUCCUUGGCUCUUGGUGAAUGGGAGGAAUUUGAUAGCCAUUUAACCCCAUUGCGGAACAGUUUUGAUGAGGGAUUUAAUGAGCUUGGGUCAAGAGAGAAGAAACUGAAUUUGCUUCAAGAAUCAGUCAACCAGAGUACUACAAAACUUGACGCAAGGAGAUUAUGGAUAGAGCAGAAGAUUAAGGAGUUGGAUGAAAAGGAAAAUUUGAUGAAAGGGCUUUUGCAGAGGAUAGAAGAGGAGCAAAUGCAGCUUGGGAAUCUGAGGGGUUUUGUUGAUGAAAAGCUGAAGGAUGUUGCUUUACAAGAGAAGCUUUUUGACGGUCUUUCAGAAAAGCUGCAGUUGAUUCGAGCUGAAAUUGAGAGAAGAGAAAAUGUGCUUGAUUUAGAAGUAAAGAAGUCGGAGAUAAGGGAGAGUGAGCUUGAUUCAAGAGAGAGAAAGUUGGAGAUAGAGGGGAAUGAGCUUAAUUUAAAAGAGAAGAAGCUGGAGAUGAGGGAGAAUGAGCUUGAUUCAAGAGAGAAGAAGCUGGAGAUAAGGGAGAAUGAGAUUGAUUUGAGAGAGAAAAAUGUUUAUAGAAGGCAACAUGAACUUGAUGUGAAAAAGAAAAGUUUGAAGACAAGGGAAAAUGAGCUUGAUGCUAUUGAGCAACAUUCAGACAGAAAGCAAUUAGAGCUUGAUUCAAAAGGGAAAAUUUUACAGAGAAAGGACAAUGAACUUGAUAUAAAGCAUGAAAAUUUGGAGAGUAGGGAAAAGGAUAUUGAAUCUAAAGAGAGAGAGUUGGAGGGAAAGGAAAAUGAGCUCAAUGCAAAAGAGAAAAAAUUUAGGAAAAUUAUUUUGGAUUUGGAACUGAAAUUUGUUUCCAUCCUAGAAUCCGCAGAACAAUGUGACAAAGAACCAAACGCAGACACUUCAACUCAGACUGCAGAGCAAACACAGAAGAGCAGGAAGAGAUUGAGGAAUUUGGCAUUGGCUUCUGACAGAAUUCUUGAUGCUGCUGAAGAAACCGGCAACAAUCUGUCUAGAAGAAGCUGCAUACAUGACAAAGAGGCAGAACAAGUCACUACUCAUGAUCUUGGUGAAUCAGGCGCAGUCAAUAUACACAAGAAUGACUAUAAAGCACAGGCUUGCAGCACUCAACAAACCUUAGUUCUUGAUGUUUCUCAAUCAGAAUCUAAUUCACGGGAUAACUUACAGACACCUCCCUUUAUUAAUCCAGGGGCAUUGGCUAAUAAUACAGGCAAGGAGAAACUAGAAUGUCUCUUUAAUGUAGGAGAGACAUGGGCCUGUUUCAAUGCCAAAGAUCACAUGCCAAGAUCAUAUGUCCAAAUCAUAAAGGUCAUUAAAAAGGGUGGAAAUUGUAGGCUUGGUGUUGUGUGGCUCAAGCCUUUGCCAGGGCUUCCAGGUGAGAAUGAGUGGAUAAAGGCUGGCUUACCAGUUGGCUGUGGCAUGUUUAAUCGUGAGAGAACAAGUGUGGAAUCUCCUAGUGUGUUCUCUCAUCGAGUUUUCUGUGUCGGAAAAGAAGGUUAUCCUUACUGCAUACUUCCUAAUGAAGGAGAGAUUUGGGCAAUUUAUAAGGACUGGGAUAUCAUCAAAUGGGGCUGUCAUCCAGAAAAUCAUAGACAGUGCAAGUAUGAACUUGUGGAAAUUCUUUCGUAUCUAACAGAUCCUUCUUCAUCUGUUGGCUUUAGAGUUGCUUGCUUGGACAAAAUAGGACAUGUAAAUUCAUUUUGGAGGAGAAGUCAGCAUGAGAACAAUUCAUUUCUAAUAAUGCCUAAUGACUUCUAUAGGUUUUCUCACAAAUUAACCUCUAGGCAGAUGAACUGCAAUGUGACUGAUGGUGUCCAGGAUGGUGUAUUUGAAAUUGAACAUAAAUUCCUGCCUCCAGGCCUUUGAUGAGUUUUGGGACAUGCAUUGAGGUGGAAAACUAGUUGUUCAGUCA